CUUAAUCUGAGCAAAAUGAGUUUAUGGGUUGACAAACAUCGACCGCGAGACUUAAUGAAGCUGGAUUUCCACAACGACCAAGCGGUUCGUUUGAAAAGUCUUGUUCAGCAAAGUGAUUUCCCCCAUCUCCUAGUAUAUGGGCCCUCGGGUGCCGGUAAGAAAACUCGCAUUAUGUGCUUGUUGAGGGAACUGUACGGCUCCGGUGUGGAACGAUUACGACAAGAAACGAUGAAUUUUACAACUCCUUCUAAUAAGAAAAUCGAAAUCAUGACUGUAAGUAGCAACUAUCACAUUGAGGUUAACCCAACAGACGUCGGUAUACACGAUCGAGUUGUUAUCAUGGAUUUGGUGAAGACCGUAGCUCAGACGCAUCAAAUAGACUCUUCAGGACAGAGGGAAUUCAAAGUAGUUAUUUUAAACGAAGUUGAUGAUCUGACAAAAGAUGCUCAACAUGCUUUACGUCGAACUAUGGAGAAGUACGUUGCUACCUGUCGUCUAAUCCUCAUUGCCAACUCUAUUUCCCGCGUCAUACCAGCUAUAAGGUCGCGUUGCUUGACGAUUAGAGUGCCAGCACCAACAGAAAGUGAGAUUGCUCAAGUUUUACAUAACGUCUGUAAGAAGGAGGGUUUGAAUUUACCUUCAGAAUUAGGCAUGCGCAUUGCUAAAUGUGCCGACCGUAAUCUAAGAAGGGCGCUGCUAAUGUGCGAAGCUUGUAAAGUACAGCAAUAUCCUUUUACAAAAGACCAAAAGGUCUCCGAACCUGAUUGGCAAAUAUUUAUUAGGGAUACAGCGUCAAUGGUCCUGUCAGAACAAUCUCCAAAGAAGUUGGGGGAAGUCAGACAGAAAUUAUAUGAAUUAAUAAUACAUGGAGUACCACCAGAUAUGAUUUUUGCUGGUUUACUAAGAGAGCUUGUUCGGAAUUGUGAUAUGUCAAUGAAAUGUCAAGUGGCAAGCCUUGCAGCACAAUAUGAGCACAGAAUGAGACUUGGCAACAAACCUAUUUUCCAUUUAGAAGCAUUUGUGGCAAAAUUUAUGGCAAUCUAUAAGAAGUUUAUGGAAGAAUCUAUGGGUGAUGCUUUUUAGUUGUAAGCUAUUUUA